AAAAUAGAAAGGAAACAAAUCAAAACUAAGAAAAUAAUCGAAAACUAGUCGUUGGAGCCUUUUGUGGGAUUUUGGCUCCAAGUAAAGAAUCUGAUCUUUCUUGAACCUGGACGGUUUAAAGGGAUAAGAGAGCUUCCUUGGGAUCUUCUGGAUGGCUUGGAAGGUUCUGAUGUCGUGCAUAAACUAAAAGAAAAAGAGCUGUUGGAGUUUGAAUGCAAGAACUUCCAAAUAAGGCAAGUUGGAGUUAAUAAAGAUCCUUUUGAUCCUAUGUUCGCUGGUGUAUGGUAUGAACUUGUAGAACUCCUCUUGGGCGUGUAUGAUGUCUCCUGAUUGGUUGAAAUGAUCUCCUUGUUGCCAAUGUCUGGUUUGAAGCUGAUUGAACCGGUUAGCUUCCAAUUGAGGCAAGUGUAAAAUUGGUUUGGCCGGUUCUGGAGAAUGGAUCAUAACUUCUGAUUUCCGUGUCCAUUUCUCCUCAAAUUGGGCUUGUUGGAAAUAUGAGAGCUCCAUCUUGAAUCCUAUGAUGGGCUUUGGUUCAGGCCGCUCCUUCCUUGGGCUUGAAUCUCCUUCUAAAGUCGGGUACUCACAGAUGGACGGGCUGAGAAACCUCUGACUUUUAAAAUUCAUAACUCUUUGGUCCAUGAAGCUUCUCUUGAAAUUCAAAGCUUCAAUGACUCCUUCAUGAGUUAGCCUUCUUGGAAAAUUGGUUUCAUAGAUAAACUCCUUCUGGUUGUCGAGAUAGGCUCCUUGGACUGAACGUCUGUCGCUAGUGUCUCCUAGGUGGUCGGUUUGGGAAGUUUGGUGAGACUCUGGUUGAACCACGGAUUUCAGGGCUACAACACAAAGCAAAUCGAAAAAUUAGAUAUCCGUAACAUACGAAGCAAAUCACAAAUACCUUCAAAAACUCGGAUAUCCGAUCCGUGUCCAACCAUAGUAAGAUUUAUAGUAUGUGUUUAAAUUUGUUCUAUAUGUAAAUUAAAAGUAGAAUAGUAUGUGGUUGAGAGUAAAGCACACUCACACUCCCAUUCAAACGCAGUGAGGGAAAGAGUAGUUAAUUUGUUUUACAUAGUAGUUAUUCUACUAAUUCAUCCUUGUAAAAUAUUUUUUUCAGAUGAAUAAAUUAUUUUGCCAAAGAAAAUGUACAAUUUUGAUGACAGAAAAUUAUUCUAUAUAUACAAUAAAUGAAAUUUUUGUUAGCUUGGCAUUUCAAGUUAAUUGAAAAGUUAUACAUCUUUUGGUAGGAGUUAUAAGAAUCCACUUUGACAUGUGAUUAAUAAAUAAAUUCUGAUGACUAGCUAUAUUUCUGAAACUAAUUCUUUUGAUCUAAGAUUUUUUACUUUAGCAAUUUAUAAUAAAGGUUUUAAUAAUUAAACCUCUCAACUAAAGAUGAAUCGUAAAUAAAAUCAUCAACUAAAAAUCAUAUGAAAUAAACCCACAAUUUUAAUUUCGUUAACAUAUUUUACCCUCCGUCUAAAAAACCGUGACGGAAGGUGAUAUACGUUAACAGUUUAUAAGUUGAUGGUUUAUAAUGUUGAAAAUUUAGUUGAAAGUUUUUUUUUUUACGAUUCAAAAAUAGUUAAAGAAUUUUAUCACCAAAAGUCAUUAAACAAUUUAAAAUAUUUAUUAUCAUUUAUGAACCAUUAAAACUAUUAAAACUAAUUAAAACUAAUUUAUAAAUUUUAAUACAUUAAUAAACCAAGCGUUCUAGAAAAACCAAAGAAUAGCUUGACUUUGUCACUAAUACGAAAAGUAAACUAAAGCGUUUAAUAGGAAAGGAGGCCAUUGGUUAUUGGGUUAUAGGACAAUUCAAAAGUUUAUAUAGAUAAGCAGGGAACAGAAGUUGGGCGGAUAAUUCAUGUCAGGUUUUGAGAAAACAUAGCGUUUACUUUGACUUAUCGUUCUCGGACUACUUACUAUGAGAAUUUAUCAACCAUUGAUAAAUAUUAACAACUGUCCGUAAACUUACAGUAGCUUGUUGUAAAAGUAAAAUAUAUGAUGUGGCAAAUUUAAUAUUGAAACUUAUCAACGGAUGUUGAAAAAAAAAGGAUUAUUCUUGUAUGACUUGGUAACUAUUGAUUAGAUCAAUAUUCAGAAAGAAAAAUAGUUGCAUUAGACUAAUUUUUUUUUCAUCUCAAUUAUUUGACAUCAAUUAUUUCAUAAUAAUUAUAGUUAUAUAUAAAAAAAUUAUAUCAAAAUUCAUCAUUUUUCAUACUCUAUUAAUAGAUACUUGUUUCAUUUCAUUUGAAUACAAAAAAUAGUUAUUUAUAAUAUGUAAUCACAAAAUCAUAAAAUAAAAAGUACGAAUAAAGUUGGUGGGACGUAGUGGGUUUGAUUGGAUGAAGUCGUAGUUUUCUAUUUUUUGCUUUAAGAUUAGGUUUUAAAUUUUUAGCUUUGGCUUUAAUUUAUUUUGCUAUAGAAAUUUUCUCAGAUCACUAAAUAAAGGGGAUGAUUGGUUGGGGCUGUAGAUGCUCUGGACAUCUAAAAUUUAGUCUACAGCUAUAUAUAUGUCAACCAGUCGAGCUUUGCUUUUCUUAAAAAACUCACGGCAAAAAAAUCUCUGCAAAAUCAAAAUAUGGCUAUAGGUAGCUUUAUUUCCAGAGUAAAAAACUAGUGAUUUAGAAAUCUACAGCAAGGAAAAGUACAGCAAAUAAAUCUACAGAUUAAAUUCUAAAACAAAAAAUACAAAAAUACAACAUUUACCAAUCAUCCCAAAAAUUCUAGAGAAAGUAAUUUCUAAAGCUAACAUAUUUCUUUUUUAAAUGUUUUGGCUUUCUAUUCGAUUUUAAAAGUCUGUCUAAAGCUUAUAUGAAAUAAAAACAUUAUUGGUUUAAAAGAUGGCUGUACAAGGCAGCUUCCAGAGACCGCUACCAAUCACUGUGGACAUAGUUGUAAUCAAUGUACAUAGUCUCACAAGACCAUCAUUGGAAACCAACUGAUAUACAAUCAGAGAGAAAACAAAAUCAAUUAUUUCAUAGUAUAUUCAAAUUCAAGCUUCAAACAAAUCGAAGAAACCUGAAGUAUACAAAUGUCAUCUUACACCUACUUCAUAAUCCUUUUCCUCUUCCCAUCACUCCUCACAGUUUGCGCUCAAAACCAUACUUAUGUUUACCAUGACUGUCCGAAUACGACAACUUACUCAAGCAACAGCACUUACUCCACCAAUCUCAGAACCCUUUUGUCUUCUCUCUCUUCUCCCAACGCUUCCUACUCCACCGGGUUUCAAAACGCCUCAUCGGGACAAGCCCCCGACAGAGUCGCCGGACUUUUCCUCUGCCGAGGAGACGUCUCGCCGGAAGUUUGCCGCAGCUGCGUCGCCUUCUCCGUCAACGACUCAUUCACUCGUUGUCCGAAUGAGAGAGAAGCCGUGCUUUAUUACGACGAGUGCAUGCUCAGAUACUCUCACCGGCGUAUUCUCUCGACCCUUACAAGAUCUGGUGAAGCUGACUUUAGGAAAGAACAGAGGAUUCCAUCUAACCAGUUAGAACGAUUCAGUAAUGUGCUCCUGUCCACCCUGAACCAAGCCGUCACGGAUGCGGUGAAAAGUUCUAGAAAGUUCGAUGCGCGGAAAGCUAACGUCACAGCAUCUCUAACUGUUUACGGACUGGUUCAGUGCACUCCCGACAUGACCAGACAAGAUUGUACGACUUGUCUGCAAAUAUCCAUCAAUCAGUUACCUAUAGACAGGGUUGGAGGAAGUUUCAUUUUGCCCAAUUGUAAUUCGAGAUUCGAGACGUACCCGUUUUACAACGAAACCGCCGUUAAAACCCCGCAACCACCACCGCCACCACCUCCGGUUUCAGCUCCUGUGCGACCUGCAGGGAAAGGUGGGAACUCAAACGUGUUAGUGGUACCCAUUGUUGUGUCAACCAUAGUGGUUGUUCUGCUUUUGAUAGCUGGUUAUUGUUUCUUUACAAAGAGGAAGAAGGAGGCUUAUGAUACAGCACCUGCAUCUGAUGAUGAAAUAUCAAGCGCAGACUCGCUGCAACUGGACUAUAAAAUGAUUCAAGCUGCGACAAAUGGUUUUUCAGAGAGUAACAAUAUUGGUCGAGGUGGUUUUGGCGAGGUUUACAAGGGUACAUUUACGAAUGGGACUGAAGUAGCGGUAAAGAGAUUGUCGAAAACUUCAGGACAAGGUGAAACAAAUUUUAAGAACGAGGUUGCAGUUGUUGCAAAGCUUCAGCACAGAAAUUUAGUUAGGCUUCUUGGGUUUUGUCUAGAAGGAAAAGAGAGGAUACUGGUCUACGAGUAUGUGCCUAACAAAAGCCUUGAUUACUUCCUCUUUGACCCUGCUAAGGAAAGUCAGCUGGACUGGAAUCACCGGUACAAGAUCAUUGGUGGAAUUGCUAGAGGGAUUCUAUAUCUUCAUCAAGAUUCAAGACUCACAAUUAUACACCGUGACCUUAAAGCGAGUAAUAUUCUUCUUGAUACUGAUAUGAAUCCGAAAGUUGCGGAUUUUGGAAUGGCUAGGAUAUUUGGAAUGGACCAAACCGAGGAGAACACAAGGAGGAUAGUUGGGACUUAUGGUUACAUGUCUCCUGAGUAUGCGAUGCGUGGCCAGUACUCAAUGAAAUCUGAUGUAUAUAGCUUCGGAGUGUUAGUUCUUGAGAUUAUAAGCAGCAAGAAAAAUAGCAGCUUCAUUGAGACAGAGGGAGCACGAGACUUGGUUACAUACGCCUGGAGGCUCUGGAGGAACGAGACACCGUUAGAACUUGUGGCUCCGGUUAUCGUACGUAAUUGCCAGGUGAAUAAAGUGGUUCGAUGCAUCCAUAUCGGUCUUUUAUGUGUUCAAGAAGAUCCUGCCAACCGUCCAACCUUAUCGACCAUUGUUAUGAUGCUCAGUAGUAACACUGUGACUUUACCCGUGCCUAAGCAACCAAAGUUUUUCACUCAGAGUAGACCCAAAAAAGACCUGCUUGAUUCAGAACCAGCUACUAAAAGCAACUCUGUCUCUUGGUCGAUUGACGACGCAUCAAUCACUGAAUUAUAUCCUCGUUGAAAAUGAAGUGCCUAUAGCAACAUGUGGUAUUGGAAGUUACUUUAAAACUUGUUUCUCUUUAAUAAUGUUUUGUAUGUAGUUGUAAGGAGAAGUAUACAUAAAAUGUAAGCUAUUUACAUGUUUUUUUCUUGAAGAGAGCAAAGAGAAUAGCAGUGGCCUAUUUCUCAGAAAUAAUCUCAAAGAGAAUAUGAACUGUAUAAAUGAAUCCAAGAUCAUGCGAGUAUUUUUGAGUUUUAA